GAGACUGUCUGGUGUAGGCACAGCUAAAGAAGAUUAACUUUCAGGCCCUCGUUUUCUAAUUUAUGAUUAAUGAAAAGCCAGCCUAAUCUAUCUGACAUCCUGCUGUCUGGACAGAAUGUCUGCGGGUAGCUUGGAUGUGGCAGAGGGAAAUGCCUUGACCAAGUUGCAGCCUAUGAAAGUGAACAAUUCAAGUAUAAUGGAUAAAAAGCUGAAUCUAUUGAAUGAGAAGAUGGACAAACUGUUGCAUUUCCAAGAAGACCUGAUGGGCAAACUGCAACAAUUUAAAGCUAUCGAGGACAUAGAAAAGGGCAUUAACAAGCUAACGGUAUCCAGAGAAGCUCUCGAUGAGACAGGUGAAAUGGAAAAAGGCCUAAAGCUAUCAGACAGUCCUCACCAGACUGACAUGCAGAGCAUAUGCUCAGAAGUGUUGAAGUUGAUGAAAGUUGCCCAGCUUGAUGCCUCGAAGCACAAGGAGAGACUGGCAAAGAUAGAAGGAAGGAUUGAUACACUGGAUAAAGUGAUUACACUAGUGGGAGAAGUAUUAAAAAAUUCUAAAGUAGUGGAUUUUAUUCUCAAAGGCAUCGUGCCCUGGAAGAAGGAGAGUCUACUGGAAAGCUUUGCUGAGGCCAAGGAAAAACUUGAAGAGAGCGGUUCAAAACCUAAGCAUGUACUUAGUAACAGAGGAACCCAAACUGAAAGCAGUAAGCCUUCUGAAGAUAUUAAAACUGUGAAAAAAUUGGAUGAAAACAGUGGAGGAUGCAAGAAGGUGAAUGCUUCAAGUGCUGUUGCCCACAAAGCUGACUCCAGACCCCAGACUAAAGAGAGGACAGCACAGCAGAAAGCAGUAGAAGGUACUGGAAAAGCAUGGAGCUGUCAACAGCAAAAAGAUGUUGGUGUCAAAGCUUUGAAUCAACAUAAUGGUCUUCCCUUCAUAAAUCAAGAUCAUGUAGGCAACCAAGAUGUUCCUGUUAAAGCUCACAAUAUGGACAGAACCCCACGCCCAGAUGAGUGUCACAAGCAGCUUUUUCAUCAGAAACUCAAAGAGAAUGAAAACAAACCUCCGUCACAGAGUAUGGCAUUGCAGGAAGCUGUGCCCUCCACAUCCCAGGCUAUAUCUGACACAGGGUGUGAAGUGACACAAACCAGGGUAGCCAUCGAUGUUCGUGUGACUGAAGUGAAAGAAAAGACUGAGAUGACCAAAGAAGGAAACUCGAAUGAUCACAGGCAUAAAAAUUCCAAAGCAAAAUCCCCAUCUUCUUUAUCAUCAGAAGUGGAAGGAUAUAAACAGCUGCCUGGUAAAUCCAAACUUGAACAGACUCUGAAGAAUAUCAGCACUGAAUCAAAUCAAGAAGUGAAAGAGAACAAGAAGCAAAAUGAACUUGCACCAAAAACAGGGAAGCAACAGCCAUUAUUGAACAAACCCAAGCCAAGUAAAAAGGCUGCAGACAAGUCAGAAUUAAAAUGCAAGCCCAUAGUGUCACAGAGUACCACUGCAACAGAGCCAAAGAAAGAUCUGGGAAUACAAAUCAAAAUCCAUCAAGGAACAGUAAAAGUAAAAGAUUCCUUGGUAGUUACCAGCUCUAACAAGAGAGAAUCUGAGCCACCCCGUUCAGUGGGAAGUGGGAAUGAUGUGGCUCAGUGUACAGGAACAGCAAUGGAGAACACUAAGUCAUUGGAAGCUAGCAAAGAGCUUUCCACACAGGAUGAGAUAAUUGUUGAUGACAGCCCUUCUCCCCCAGCUCCUUUUGAACAUCGCAUAGUGAGUGUCAAGCUAACAGAGGUGACAACGUGUUACUCAGUGUGUCAUCAUGAAGUCCUUGGAGGGGGGCGUUUUGGGCAAGUUCAUAAGUGCACAGAAGUUUCAACUGGUCUCAAUUUGGCAGCCAAAAUCAUUAAAGUGAAAGGAGCAAAAGAAAAGGAGGAAGUAAAAAAUGAAAUUAACAUCAUGAACCAAUUAAAUCACGUGAAUUUGAUCCAGCUUUACGAUGCCUUUGAAGCCAAAAAUAACGUAACUUUGAUCAUGGAAUACCUGGAUGGUGGUGAAUUAUUUGACCGGAUCACAGAUGAAAACUACAAUCUAACAGAGUUGGAUGCAAUCUUAUUUACCAAACAAAUUUGUGAAGGAGUCCAUUACUUGCACCAGCAUUAUAUUCUCCACUUAGAUCUGAAGCCUGAAAACAUAUUGUGUGUAAAUCACACAGGAAACCAGAUAAAAAUUAUUGACUUUGGAUUAGCAAGGAGGUACAAACCUCGUGAGAAACUGAAGGUUAAUUUUGGAACUCCAGAGUUCUUAGCUCCCGAGGUGGUGAACUAUGACUUUGUUUCCUACCCAACAGACAUGUGGAGCGUAGGCGUCAUCACGUACAUGUUGCUUAGUGGCCUGUCCCCGUUCCUGGGAGAAACUGAUGCAGAGACGAUGAAUUAUGUAGUCAAUUGCAACUGGGAUUUUGAUGCAGAAGCUUUUGAACAGCUAUCAGAGGAAGCAAAAGACUUCAUUUCCAGACUACUUGUGAAAGAGAAAAGCUGCCGGAUGAGUGCAACACAGUGUCUGAAGCAUGAGUGGUUAAACAACCUGCCCGCCAAAGCCAAGAAGUUCAAGCUUCGCCUGAAGUCCCAGUUGUUGCUGCAAAGUUACAUAGCUCAGAGAAAAUGGAAGAAACAUUUUUAUGUGGUGGCUGCUGCUAACAGACUGAAGAGAUUUCAGAGUAUGUCUGUCAAGCUUGCAUGAGGUUGUAUGAAGCAACUACCACACUUGAAGAUGGAUGUGAAACCAUAGGAGAAGAACUCAGUAUCUUCAAUAAUUUCUAUCCCGUAUAUAAUGUCAAGUUUUGCAUCUGUCUUUCUCAUAUAUUGUGUUAGUGCUUAGGUUCCCAAAAUGUCUCCAAGCAGAGGCACUGAAGUAACUUACGAAAACAGAAUAUACCUUGUUUUGUUCUUACAAGCUUUUAGUUGUACAUAGUGAUGAAAAAAUAUGAAGUUAGUGGGGCUGACCUCUUCCUGAAGGCUUUAUUCUGAAGAUCAUUUAUGGUCUGUUUUUUACCAGAAAAGACCAGCAGUUUUCUGGCUUCUCACACCAAGCAUGGGAUCUGUAAAGACUUUCUUCACAACUGCUGUGUCCAUAAUCAGUUUUAGUGGACUGCCACAAGAACAGCGCAAUACUUUCCCUCAGGUCUGUGACUUAGGCAGAAAGAUCAAACUUUGACUUUUGGGAGAAGACAGAUAGGUGAAACUGCCACAAAUGAAUGUUAGGCAGUGGCUGUUGGGUCACUGCAAAUUUCUCAUGAUGUCCAGGAAAGAUUCCCAGACACUGCAUUUCACGUUUUAAAUGUGUAAAUGCUUUUCAUUGGGUGUGAUUGCAGCCCUUAGUAUUACAAUUUUUAUUUUGUGAAGUUUUCUACUUUUCAACGAUUUUAAUGCAUUUUAUCUGGAAAGUUGUUAUGCAAAACACAUUCUAAUGCUGUUCAGUUCCAGAGAAAUGGGGCAUUGCCAGACUCUGCCUUUGGCUCAGCUGGGAGGUCGAAACCCUUUUUUCCCCAACUUGCUCUCAAACAUUAGACUUUUUCUUCACAAUACGAAUUGUUCAUGAAGCCUAAAGAAUUGAAGCCACUUACAACUUCUCAACUAAAAGCGUAACAUUAUUUAUUAGACCUAUGGUUUCUUUCAUUCCUGUUCUAGAUUCUGCAGAGCUCACUGUAAGCUGAACAGGCUCUUUAUUAGUGAUACUUUCUGGUUGUCCUAAAACUAGCUUUUCAGUGAAGACAUCUAGCUGCUGCCAAGCUCCCAUUAACUUUAUAGAUUUUCGUAUCCCUUAAAUUAGCAAAAGUGCUGGUUGCUAAUAAAGAGGAUUUUAAGAAUACCUUACCCUAGCCUAGUUAUCUUUUUUCCACUCUAGUGCUUCCCACUUCUUCUAAUUCCUGGAUUCCAGGCUUGUGCAGUUUUGUCACUAUCAAGACAGUGAAAAAUGAUUAAAAUCCAGUUAAGUAAUCUUUACAAUGUAUCACCUUCUGUGAAGGCCCACUUUUGUUCAUAUUUUCCUUCCACAGUGGUUCUGCAUGGUAAAUGUGAUUAUAUUCUUUGGUCUGUAUAUUUCUGAACUAAUACUAAUAAAUUACAUUAUAAAGGAA